UUAUUCUCGGAUGCGAUGCGCACAACCGACCGACCUGAACGAAGGGCGGACACAACCAACAAGCAACGACAAUGAAUGCAAUAAAUCAAUGAACAGAUGGCUGGCCUGAGGUGGGGUGGUGUUUGCCUCUCUGAUGCCGCUGCGUGCUGGCUGUGCAUUCAUUCAUUCGUUGACUCAUCGACCAGCACAUACAGAUGACCCAGCGGCAAACCAAGGGCAUGAGGUAUAUAUAUAUCGUCUGUCUGUCUGUCUGUCUGCCAGGCCGGUACGCAGCGGUCGAGGUGGCCCCCCGUCUGACCUUCGUUGAAGAGCUCUGCCUCGUCCUUGCUCCGCAGUGGUCGGAUGUCGAUGAGGAGGCCCUCCCUGCUUGUAGAAGAUAUUGACUGACUGGGACGGGGAGAGGGAUGUCGUGUCGUAGAUGAGUAGCGGUACAAAAUCACCACCAACGCGACGACACGAUGUGCGCCAUCCCAUCAGCUGGAUGGCGUCGGCCACCCACCUCGCCCCUCCAGCCGACAUACGAGGGCCUCUGUCUGUGACCCAGUGCCGACCACCGAAGUUGACCUCGUUCUUGACAUCUCCAAUCACCAACCUACAAACGAACACACCGACGCACCACCGAGGGAUGGAUGAGCUAGCUAGCCGCACAGACCCAUCAUUGUGCGCAUACCCUCUCAAAUACGAUGUCCCUUGUCCCCUGGCUGGGAUUGAUCCAGUAGCAGGAUGGAUGGAGCUCUUGGAGCUCUCCUGGUACGGUGACCUACUUGCGGAAGGAAGGUGCCCUCUCCCUCCCAUAGGCAGGCAGCGCUGUGACCAUCUUGUCUUGAUGGCCUUGUCCCUGUCCUGCUGCCAGAGGCGCUGCACUGCACGUCGGCAAAGCUGUGGAUGUCAUUCUCAUGUAUGGUCAUGUGCGAGUGGAGAUCAUCAUCGUCCUCAGCGUACGUCCAAGUCACCAGUAGUAGUACUGUAGAGUGAGUGAUUUGUUACUGCUGCCUUGGGCGAGGUCUGUGGUUGUAUUGUCUUCGAUCAACACGCCCAACAUGCCGUCUGCACAGACAGACAGACAGAGAGAUUUUGCUCAUUUGACUUUCUGGCUGCUCCUUCCUGGCUGCGCUAUGGCCUUCCUGUGCGCCUCUCUCCAACUGAUCUGGGGAUCUGUGCCGUUGUUGGUUGGUUGGUUGUGCUUUUCC